GAUUGGGCUGACGUGGGCCGUUCGACCUUGGCCUGGUUUAGGCACUCGCCUUAAUUGCAUUUUGUCGUCAACGCAGCGCACAUGGUGGAGGAGAUUGGCUGCCAGAGACAGACGGGCAUUGUGGUCGCCAUGCCCAGCCAGGUGGCAUCGAGCACCGGAACUCCAGCUCCAACAGCCGCCGGCAUUCACCAACAGCAGCAACAGCAACAGCAUCAGCAGCAACAUCAGCAGCAGCAACAUCAUCAGCAGCAGCAACAUCAGCAACUCCAGCAGCAGCAACAGCAACACCAUCAGCAGCAGCAACACCUUCAGCAGCAACAGCAACAUCAACAACUCACCAGCAACAUGAGCCUGCUGACCGUCAAGGGCGGUCGCUACCUUUGGACCGAUCGGGAGCUAUUAAUGCACCUCCAGAACUACACUCCCUUGAUCCUGCUCAUCGAUUUCGUGGAGAAGACCAGGACCAAGCGAUUCUACGAGAGCAGCGAGCGCUACGAGAUCCUCAUGCUGGUCUUCAUCAUGCGCAAGGGAGCGCCGUUCUGCGAGAACAAGCGAUUUCCGGCGGAGUACUGGGUAAAUCUGUCGGUGGGUCCAAUUGCCGAGGCUUUUGACCGACUGCAGGCGGCCAUCGACAUACCGGAUCCCCAGCUGCCCAUUCACAUGAGCGUCACGGAUUUGACCAGCUGGAAGCAGAUGUUCGACCUGGCCAUGCUGGACAUCAGGCGAUUCGCCUACUACACCGAUCCCUUGCAGCUGGCCGAUGCGGGCGUCUUCAAUCGGAUCACCUUUGAGCAGCGAUUCGGAAUGCAGUGGCAGGAGUAGAAGUUGGAAUCGAUACAGGUCACAGGAUAUAAACACAACCCCAGCACCAAAACACUUCAACACAUUGGGAUGGAUCGAGGGGAAUUCGAACAAAAGCUGGUUGUAAAUAAAGGGAACUAUCUUUAGAUUAUCGCAGAUUUAAUAGUAUUGCUAACAGGCCUGAUUUUGCAUUUUAUUUAUUAACAAACACGUCCAGGUAUAUUUUUUGUAGUAAAAAGUAAUAAGUUUCUGGAAAUUCGAAUUU